GCGCUUUUAAACAAUAUACCCGGCGAGAAUCUCUGCAAACGCGCCCUCUUCUCCCUCUCCCUCUCUUUUGCCCUCUCUCUUCGUCCCUCUCCCUUUCCUUCGCGAACCAAAACAACCCAGCUUUUGUCCGGUCUUUCCGAGUGACUAGCAAAAGUCAGGCACGGUAGAUUCUAACUUUUUAAAGAGCAUUCCACAGGUAAAGCCAAGGGCUGCUUUUUUUUUUUUUGUGUGUGUGUGUGUCCUUACGAGGAAAUAAUUCCCCUCAACUCCGCAGCGAGCAUGGCCGUGGACGACGGUAUGAUGGAGAAAAAGUCCGUGGAAGGCCAGUUCUUGAGGCGCAGUCUGAGUACCGGCGGCCCAGAGCGGAAGAGAACCAGUAGGUUUUACCCACACGACCGUUUUGCAUCAAAUGUUUGGAGGCCGCCAGAAAUCCUUUGUCCCUUCCCCACACUUCUUCAUCCGCGCCUGUCUGGUUGACAUGAAGCUUCUCGAGAUGGCUACACCAACUGUAAUUCUUAGGUCAAAUGGACGUCAUGAUGUCCUCCCUUAUGUCCAGCUCGUUUUCGCCGACUGAAAAGCUCCGCAGUCGACGGGGCUACAUCACUUACAUCAUCCAUAUCAACGUCAAUCUACCAUGGUCGCUCAGUUGGCUGACAUACCGGGUUUUCAACUCGUAGGAACACAGUCGUUGCCUCCACCGGAGCUGCCACAAUUGGUUGCCGAGCAGGCAACGCCCAUUCCGUACACUGACAAGGACUCCCAGCGUCUGAUUGUUGUGCUUUCAAAUGCCAGCCUAGAAACGUAUCGCGCCUCUCACGGCCCAAGGCAAGGGCCGGGUCGUGAGGAGAAGUACUCCUUGCUCAACAGCGACGAGCACAUUGGUGUGAUGCGCAAAAUGGGCCGAGACAUCAGUGAUGCACGACCUGACAUCACUCAUCAAUGUCUUUUAACGCUGCUCGACUCUCCCAUAAACAAGGCCGGAAAGCUCCAGAUCUACAUCCACACAGCCAAAGGUGUCCUGAUCGAGGUCAAUCCACAGGUCCGGAUUCCUCGAACGUUUAAGCGCUUUGCCGGUCUCAUGGUGCAAUUGCUUCACCGCCUCUCCAUUCGCUCUACGACAUCUCAGGAAAAGCUACUGCGCGUCAUCAAGAACCCUAUUACGGACCACCUACCCCCCAAUUGUCGCAAGGUCACACUUUCUUUCGAGGCCGAGGUGGUCCGCGUCCGUGACUACAUCAAGACUCUCGGACCCAAGGAAAGCAUUUGUGUCUUCGUCGGUGCCAUGGCGAAAGGCAAAGACGAUUUUGCAGAUGAGUUCAAAGAUGAUUCGAUCUCCAUCUCCAACUACAGUUUGUCUGCAAGCGUUGCGUGCAGCAAGUUCUGCCACGCAGCCGAGGACGUCUGGGAUAUCAUCUGACGAACAUGCUGUGAAUCAAGACUUGAUGCAUCAUAGCGGCGAUAUUUGGGCCAAAGACUUCUAAAUUAGUCCGUCACCCAGUGUGACUAUGCUACCUCGGAUUACAAAAGCUUGCCAUUAAGCAAUUAUCGUCCGUCGUCCACGAUAAUCACGAGAUCGUGUCGGGCACCUCGAUCACAACAUCGAAGGUUAACCUGGCCGUUCUUCGUUUAGGAGGGAACAAAUCAGGUUUCUCGGGGCGUUGGGUUUUGAAGCAGUCCUUUUUUACUUUUCCAACCAAAGCAAAAGGCUUUCAACAAAUCCAAGCUCUUCGUACAAUCUUCGUAUCGAUCGAUCAGAUCGUCAACUGUGUUCAACUGCGUACUUAGGCAGUAUGAGACGAAUUUUCCACAGGAACCCAAUAACUCAACUUGCUGGGUUUCCUCAUUCCUUGUUCUGCUUUUGUGGAGGGUGUUAUGCUGGCUGCGCCAUCCAUCACGUGAUUCAUAUGAGUGACAAAGUAAAUAUUAUAAAAUGGGCGUCGUUGGCUAUGGCGAGGCAAACAAGAGCCUGUCUAUUGCUUGAUUCGCGUUUAGUUGCUCCACGCAAAAGGAAUACAUAGAUGACUUGGUCUUAUACAGUAUGCUCACUUUGGAGAUAGCAAACGUUUAAUGUCAGUCCGCACUGUGCUGCAAAAA